AGCUCUCAGAUAUAUAACUCUAAAUCAAAAAUCUAUCAGUUCAUAGUUUUGAAGAGACGGUACACACAGAAGAAGCCGCACCCUCCCUCUCUUCUCACUCGUCUCUCAGAGAAAUUAAAAGCAGACAGACAAAAUGGCAGCUGCUUAUGGAGCAAUGAAGCCGGCGAAGGCUGGGCUGGAGGAUCCACAGGAGUCCAUUCAUAAGAUCAGAAUCACCCUCUCUUCCAAAAAUGUCAAAAAUCUUGAGAAGGUGUGCUCCGAUUUGGUUCGGGGAGCUAAAGAUAAGAGAUUGAGGGUCAAAGGACCAGUGAGGAUGCCUACCAAGGUUCUUCUCAUCACUACCAGGAAAUCCCCUUGUGGAGAAGGAACUAAUACCUUCGACAGAUUUGAGCUCCGCGUCCACAAGCGUGUUAUUGACCUGUUCAGUUCCCCUGAUGUGGUCAAGCAGAUCACCUCUAUUACUAUUGAACCUGGUGUUGAGGUUGAAGUGACAAUUGCCGACUCAUAGAUAUGGUGCUUUUUUUGUUGGGGAUUCUGUUUAUUUAGUUCUUUAGAAGACUUUGCUUGUUAUCUGUCGUAUUGGAACAUCUGUCUUUUUCCUUGUCUGGAUAAAUACUUGUAGGUUUAAUGCAGCAUGUGUUUUCCAUUCAUACUAUUCUGAAACUGAAAAUUAUGUUAAGCAGAGUGAAAAUUUUGUUUUAUCUUUUAUUUA